AUUAUUACUUACCGGAACUUGACAGUUUCAUUCUGAAUGUCAUAUAAGCUAUAUUUUUCUCAAAAUACACGUAUUACUUAAGAGACAUGAGUGAAAAAAAGGAAAUACCUAAAGCUGUAAAAUUUUUAUUUGGAGGAUCAGCAGGAAUGGGAGCCACUCUAUUUGUCCAACCGUUGGAUCUUAUUAAAAAUCGUAUGCAGCUGAGCGGUGUUGGAGGAGAACUUCGAGCUCAUAAAACAAGCUUUCAUGCAUUCACGAGUAUUCUCAGAAAUGAAGGAAUUCUGGCUCUCUAUGCUGGAUUAUCGGCCGGUCUGUUAAGACAAGCGACGUACACAACGACCAGACUUGGUGUUUAUACAAUCUUGUUCGAAAAAUUUUCACCCGAAGGCAAACCACCGAAUUUUUUAACAAAAGCUGCAAUUGGUAUGGCUGCAGGAGCAAUCGGAUCUUUUGUUGGCACUCCUGCCGAUUUGUCGCUUAUUCGUAUGACAGCGGAUGGGAGACUUCCAGUAGAAGACAGAAGAGGCUAUAAAAAUGUAUUCAAUGCAUUGUUCAGAAUAUCAAAGGAAGAAGGAGUGUUGACUUUAUGGAGAGGAUGUGGUCCAACCAUUGGUAGAGCUAUGGUCGUUAAUGCUGUGCAGUUGGCAACUUAUUCACAAGCUAAACAGAUUCUUCUGAGCACGAGAUAUUUCAAGGAUGAUCUUUUCUGUCACUUUGUUGGAAGUAUGAUAAGUGGAUUGGCCACAACCAUAGCAUCAAUGCCGGUGGAUAUUGCCAAGACAAGAAUUCAGAGUAUGAAGGUAAUAGAUGGAAAACCUGAAUAUAGUGGAGCAUUCAAUGUCCUUUCAACUGUAAUAAGGAAAGAGGGAUUCUUUUCCUUGUGGAAAGGAUUUACUCCUUACUAUGCUCGUUUAGGACCUCAUACAGUUAUAACUUUCAUCUUCCUGGAGCAGAUGAAUAAACUGUAUAAGAAGUAUGUCCUUAAGGAUGAAUCUUCUUCAGGCGGCUUAUAA